AUGCUUAUGACACAAUGCUCUCAACCGGGGUCGGCCCCGAAAAAAGCUUCUUUGAGCACACUUAUAGACAAGUUUAUCAUCAUUUCAGUGUCGGUACGUUUGAAUAUUCUAGAAAGUGAGAAAAAAAAAAUCUGAAAUAUUGAAAAGAUUUUUGAAGUUUGGAAGGAAAAAGCUUAAUUAAAAGUUAAGUUAUAGUUUGUGAAGGAAUAACAAAACAGUUUUCUAGGAAUAUGUGUUCCUACGGCUUCAAACAGCUCAGAAAGCUCUUUCAGAAAAAUUAUCGUCUCCAUUAAAAAAAAUUAGUUAGGAAAAAUUUAAUAAGACUCGCAAAAAUUAACGAGAAGGGAACGAUUUUUUUUUCAAAUUUAGGCAAAAGAACAGAACAAUGGCGUGUUGCCGCAGGAAAAUUUAAGCGCCAUUCGGGAAAAUUUCAGAUUAUUGGACAAUGAAGAACGAAUGGUUGGUCGUUUUCUCUGCAAUACGGAAAAAAUAAAAGGUUUUCAGAAAAAGAUGAGACAUUCUUUUCACGAAACGACGGCUUUAGAUGAGGGGAAAAAGUUGGCUGCAUUUGCAGAUUCUUGGUUUUUGUCACAGUUCGAUUAAGGAGAAAUGUGUCUUUCCAGGUUUUUCAUGAUGAGCUGCAUCGAAGACGAGGAAAUGCGUCGGAUUCAUCGUUAUAACAUGCUUCGCGUCAUUUUCGACGUCUUCUCCGAUGAACCCAUCGGCAUACAUUCGUUUUACGUCGUCUACAACUUGCUCCACGAGCAGGUGCAGGAAAAUUGACAAAUUAGAAGCUAUAAAUAUAGAAGAAAGUAAUCUUUUGUGAUGUAAGAGGAAGCCAAGAAGUUGUGGUGGCCAUUAUGAAUAGACUUUGAAUGACAAUCUGCAGAAUCAGACCCUUUUAUUCUAUUUCCUUGAUAUUUCCUUCCACCUGAUCUAUUUCUUAUUUAAUGAGUCCUCCAUGCUCAAAAUAAUUUUUAUUGUUUCUUUCUCUUUAUUCCUCAGUUUCCUUUAUCUUUUCAUGAUUAUAACUUCUUCAAAAAAAUAAAGAUAGUUGAAAGUUGCCGAUUGCCCCUAAACCUUCUUUUUAGUCAAUUUUCGGAGAAUUUCGAAACAUCUUACUGGACUUCCAAAGGCGAACUUGGUGUUUCCGCUAGAAAUCUUUGUUUUUUCAGUUUUCAACGUUGAACCUAAAUGGGCACAUUAAGAAGGCGAGUGAAGGAUAUGACUUCUACAAUGAUAAUAAUAAUAAUGAUAAUUUGUUUUUGAAAUCUCAAUUUAAAAAAAAAUCAAAUUUUGAAUCAAUUUGAUAUUCCCUAAGGUUCAAUACGAUUUUAAUACGAAUAUAGAGGUUUUGUUGAAUUUGUUACUUUUUAAAGCUCAAGGACCUCGAACUUUGUGCCGUUCUGGACUUGCUCGGCGAAUGCUCCAAGAAAAUCAGCGAUUGUCCGGAUUCGCAGGACCCAGACAGACCUCGGGGAGCUCUCGACAAAAUAUCAACUAGGUCAGAUCAGUAGAAAAAAAUCAUAUUUUUUUCAAAUUUUUAAUCUAUGAAAAACAAACCGUUUGGAUGACAAAAGUUAGAGUUUGAUAGAAGAAACAAGUUUCAGAUGGAAAGACUGUGUGAUGUCGUUGCUUCUGAAGUUGAGCGAAUUUAGAGAAGUUGGUUUUCCAUUUGAGAAAAAAAAAAGCUAGAAGAGAAUUUGGAGGUGACGCUGACCGGAGAAGUUUCCAGCGGCUCGGAGGCUCGUCGGAAAGUCCUCUUCCAGUGGCUCCUUCAUUCUUCCUGCGAACACAACUUUUUGCUCGUUAUUUCAUUAAUCAAGUGGGUAAUUGACCCAAAUUAUGGCUUGUAACUUAAUUUCGUAAUAUUUCAAAUAGGAAAAAAGAUUUCGAUUUUUUAAAUUUUUUUUUUAAAUGAGAGAAUAUGUUUUUGAGGUUUGAAACAGAUUCUUGAGAUUUAUCAGGUUUCAAAGUUUUUUGAAAGGUUUUAGUUUCACGAAAGAAUUGCUUUUUGUUUUGUACCACGUCAGAAAUAAGACCAUGAUUCGAGAUUUCAAAUAAGGUUAUAUUCAAAGUCCCCUACCGCUAAAUUUUUACCAUCUCUUUAACAAUUUUCGAUUGGCAGAGGGUUCGACGACUCGAAAGCCGUGAUAGCCAAGUACCUGGACGAGUUGGUCGGCGACUUGUUGCUCGACGAGGCGAGAAAACCUGAUCUAUCCUGGAAGGCGGCAAAUAUCGCCCCCUUCAUCGAAGAGAAAGAGUUCGCGGAGAUAUUUUAUUCGGUCAUCGGCAAUCUCAGGAUAUCCCGUACAUGGAGAGCUCUCCUGGCGGCGUGGACGCGCGACGACGAUCAGAAGGCGACUGGAGAGAUGUCGCCGGACGUCGUUCGCGCCGUCCGUUCAGCGUUCGCCAGCAUCGAUCGCUCCGGUGCCGCCGCCAAGGCGUUCGUCUACUUGAUGAAGGUUCCUGCGACUGAAGAGUCUGGAAACUUCUUUUUCAAUUUCAAGAAUGAGAAAAAUCUGGUUCUGACAAGCGAAUUCGGUUUUGCUCUGGCUGUUCUGAUGUGCAAUGAUCCCAAAAAUCAAGUGAGUCCAUUUGUUUUCUUCUUCAUUUUGGAAUUAAGAGAUACUGUGAAAAGAAUAAAAAUAAUGACGAUAAAAACGAAAGAAAAAUGCCUUCUUCUGCUUUCUAUUUGAAAAAAAAGGCUAAAAGUAUAAAAAAAAAGGAAGAAAACGAACGAUUUUCAUGUUACUCGAAGUUAUUGUAGAAAAAUUUUUGCCCCCAAAUCUGAGCAUUCUUGCUUUUUAGUAGAUAUAUUUUUGAUUGAAUGAAAUCAUGUAAAUUAGAGAAAAUAAAUCAAAAAUCAAGACUAUGAUUCUCGUUGAAAAAAUUGGAUUUCAAAAAAAAAACUUUUUUUCCUGUGCAGUUGAACGGUGUUCUCAGUUACUAAUACACUUUCGAUAAGUCGGUAUUUCCAGACGGCUUGCACUACGGAAAUGAAGAAGACGAUCCAGCACAUUUGGCGGUUCGGAGACGAGGCGAAGGAAUGUGCCUGGCUGGCUGAGACUUCGGCCGGCUCGUUCCUCAGUUUGGUGGAAUGUCGGGUGGGAACCUUGCCUCAUGGUUCAAAACAUAUAAAAGUUGCAGAUGAAUCAGAUUUUGAGCAGAAUCGUCGGCGACCCGACUACGCGCCAGUUGUUCAGCACGCCUCUGAUUAACCUUUUCUUAUCGCUUCUCGACACUUCGGCCCAUCAGAAGGAGGUUUCUUUUUAUUUAUAAAGAUGAAUAAAUUUCGAGAAAGGAAUAAUUUAGUAGGAUGUCUGAAAGUUUUAAGUUUACAAAUAUUUUGCCUGGACUCGAUUUUGACUCACGAACCAAAAAACUUGAAUAUUUUUUUAGCCAAAAAGUAAUUGCACAAUUAAAAUCGGUAAGAAGUUCAAUUUGGAAGACUUGUCGAUAAAUUUCCUGCAUACGGCUUUUUAUUCAUACCAUCAUCCUUUGCGUGAACAUUUGUGAAGCGGCACCAAUAUUCCAAAAUUAAAUAUUAAUCCUAAAAAGUCGUGUUUUACAACAUAUUUGAUUAAGAGAAAAAAAGUUAACAAAACGCCUUUUUUUCCAAACCAGCCUAAACCGAAAUGGCGCAGAACAGGUCAGCGCCUAAUAAAUUUUUUUAUUUUUUUAUUUAGCAGAUCUACACUACAAGAUCCGCAUAUUUUUUUAAUUUUUCCCGGUUUGAAAAAGAUUUUUAGUAAACUUUUGUUUUUUUUUUUUUUGCUUUAUAGAUAUGAAAUUUUAUCUGGUUCAAAUACUUUUUUCUGUUUUUUUUUUUCCGCCACAGAAAGUUAAAUAAUUAUGAAAGAAGAAGAUUAGGUAGCGAUUGUGGAUGGACGAGUCGCUGACGGCUGUUCAUUGUGGAUGUUCGCCAAAGACGCUCUCAAUAAGGUAUAACGAAGAUAAUUUUUCUGCAAAUCGUGUAGAAUAAUAUUUUUCCAUUAAAAUGAAGUCGAUCAAAGAAAAUGUAUUUUCAUUAAAUUUGAAGAAAAUUCCAUCCGAUUUUUGUUAGGUUUACGCCGCUCAAAGCUGUUUGGACCGUCAUUUGGCCAAUCUUUUUCAUGCGAUCACAUUUUCUUCUGGUGGCGCCGCCCUCGUUCUCAUUGGUCCCAUUUUCUGAUUAAUCUUCCUGAUCUUUUGGUUCAUCCCAUUUUUCAGACGUUCUUCUGGAUUUGGUGAAGAAAUGUACUGUGGAAGUGCUCAACAAUUCACAGUUACUGAAUGGACUUUUCGAGGAUGUCUGUAAAAUGAGAAAGUUUCCUUUGAAACUCGGAGGAAACUAACUUCUGACCUUCCCAGGGACGUCGCAGUUUCGUUGAUUCGAAGUCUUUUGCCGGUGAUUAAUAAUCGCCAAAAUUUGCGCCAACUCCUUUUUCAGACUUUGAAGGUGUGUUUCUCAUGUUAGCUGAGGUUUGCAAGAAGUUCUCAAAAAUAAAACACGGCUAUUUUUCUUUCGCAAGAAUCUAUUGGUUCAAGAAUUUUAAACAAUUUCUUUUCCGUUUUUAUAGUUUUUUCUUUCAAUCGUCUGGAUAUCACAAAGAUCCUUGGUUUUUUGAACCAAAAAGAUUGAAAUAACAGUCCAAAGUUGCUUAAAAAAAUACCAAAAAAAGCAUUUUUGAAGCCUUUCUGAUACUUUUGGUGUUUUUUUGCUGUUAUUUAUUAUCAAGUUUUUUUUCAAAUAAAAAUGCUAAAAGUCGGGAAAACACAAACUGAAAUUGACAUCGGCUCUUCUUCUUUAUACUUUCUCAUGAAAAGUCCCUGCGCCUUUAAACACACCAUCGAGGGUUUUCGAAAAGGUUAAACCCGGGAGCUUUGCAGAAAGACGUGAUAGCCAGCAAUACCGUCGCUUCCGCAGUCCCGAUCACCCUUUUGUUGCUUCGAAGUGUCACCAAAAGACAGCCGACCAGGACUGGCGCCGAAGAAUUUUCCAUGUCGCAGUCUUUCGGAAGCUUCUCGACCCAGGCACCGAAAACCCAGCUUUCCAAUCAUUUUGGAGCGUUUUGAGGCGUUGGAACACAUGGGACUGGAGCGGACAGUUGAUGAGAACGUCGCGUUGGAACUGAUUGGAGUCAUCAAAAGAUGCCUCACACAAAGUUCUCCUACGAAGUUUGCCUUAAAAUCCAUUCAUUAUUACGAGUCCGCCACUUUUCUGUGUUGCGCGCGCACUGACGGAUUCUGUGCGACCGAAAAUACUUUGACAAAUUAAGGAAAAUGUUAUUCAAAAAGUUCAAUUGAAAUUCUUGGCUCUUGUACUAGUGAUUAUUCUUUGAAAGUCUGUUCUUGUUCAAAUAAAAAUGUAUGCUUUUAAAAUGUCUCCUUUCCAAUAUUUCUUCUCGCAACAAUAAACAAAUGUUUAUAGGAUAGCCCUGUACCAAGGCAUUUGUGAACUGGCGUCGCGAUCCCCGACUUUGGUCGAUCAGUGCCUGGAUCUCUUGGUUUCUCACGCUCCUACAGGUUCAAAUUUGAACAUUUCAAAAAAUCCGUGACAAUAAUACAUCAGUAACAAGGCCCUCAAAAGUAAAAACAAAACAAUUUCGUAGCUUUUCGAUCUAUGCGCGCACAAUUAUAUUCAGAAUGAUUGCGUGGAAAUUGAAAUAAAGGCGCAGAUUUUUCAGCCGAAUAUUGCUAACUUUUCACAGAAAAGGAGUCAAAGAAAUAAAAGAAUAUUUAAUUUCGAAAUGAUAUCUUGAAGCUAACUUUUGUUAGAAAGGCUGAUUACAGACUUUUUCAGGAUUAAUACAAGAUCUCACAAGUCUUACAGCAUAACUUUGGCCUAGUAUUUUAAAAAAUAUUUGAAUUAAAAACUUGUCUUCGGAGAAAUACUCAUUGAAAAAAUGUCUACCACGAAUGAAUCUAUAAAUUAGUUUUUUUAUUAUUAUUUGCUCAAUUACAGUGCCAGAUUGGAAGCCCGAAAAGAUCGUCUACGCGGGAAAAAAUCUCACUGAACUCAAAGAACCUCUGCCUCAGUUCAUCCAGGUUGGCGUUCCUUCAAAAUGAGUUCAAACACUUUUGAAGGCAAUCGACUUUUUGAUCUGUGAAGCUGCGACGAGCCAGUCCUUGGCUGCAAAUGGACCUGCGGCCAGGGUAAAAUUAGAUUCGAUUGAAAUCAGUAUUUUCGAGUAACUUCAAAAAUAUCGAAUCGAAAUGCUUUUCUCGCCUCAGGAAAGCUGUAGUUCGAGUUUAAAAUUCAAAAAUUAUCUUUAGAUGGGAAAUAAUUUCCAGAUCUUUCACCUUAUUUUGAGAAAUUCACAACAUUUCAGGCUCUGAAAUUGAUGGAUGAAUGGGUGAAAAAAGCGACAACAGAAGAUGUUCAUGAUUUGGGUGAGUUUAUCGGAAUCCAUACGAUUUUUUCGAAUCAUAUUCUUAAAUGUUGAAGUUUGCAUCUAUGGCGCAAACUAAAAAUAAAAAAGAGGACGAAAAUCCCUACAGAAAACUGAAUUAAAAUCAAUGAACAAAGGUCUGGACAAGGCUUCGGACUGGAGUGGAACAACGAAUGCUGGAAGGUCGAAUCUCCUGUUCGCCCACGCCAUGAUCAGCGUCUACGACGUGCUCAUCGAGUACGUCUGGCGUCGUGCUUCCACCUCGAAAAAGUCUGCCUCUUCUCGAGAAUUCUCAUCGAUUAUCUGCUCUUCAGACGUGAAGACAGCGAGCAUCUGAUCAUGUUGCUGAAACGUCGUCAUGAUCUCCUGGAGGUAUGAGAAUUUUCCGAAAAAGCCAUCCGAAUCUGGUAGUUCCAUAUGCUUUGAUGAUUGAAAAAGUCAUUUUGUAGGUCCGAAAAGUCCAAAUUCAAAGAUUGCGAGGUUUUUAUUACGACGAUUGAGAAGAAUUCGCAGAGAAUAAUAAUAAAAUUAUUUGCAAAAUGAUGAACUUUCUGGAAAUUCCGCCAACAGAUUAUCUUUCUGGUGUGCUAUUCUUCUAGUUGCCUGCAGAUACCUCAAGUUUUUCCAAGCCAAAUUUUAAAAAUAAAAUAAAAAUCUUUGAACUUUUCUAUUGAACUUUCGUCAACAGGUGACUUUUCAAUUUUUUUUUUCUCCUCACUUUUGUAUCAAAUCCUCUUGAUUUUGAACAAAUUUAGUAUACUCAGACACCCACGGGUUAUAACCGGGGUUUAAGGAACUUAACGAGAAAACAACGCGAACGAAAGAAGCGAAAAGCGCCGGAAAUCAACCUGACGGACCGGGAAUCGAUGUCUCCCAGGUCGAAAUCUUCACUUGCUCCAGAACAAUCGCCCAGAUAUUGUCGAAACUCGUACCGCCGUUAGUUUGAGAACUUCGAAGACAUCGAAAUGGCCUUUUUCCAGAAGAGAAGACGAAGAGGAGCCAGUCAUAAACCUGGAGAAAGAACUUUUGGACGACAUCCAAAUGGACAUGUUCCUUUGGUGUGUCGACCGAACGAGCGCUUUGACUCAGGCAAUCGUCAAGGUUUCUUUUUGGUCUUUGGAUAGAACGAUUUGAAGUUUAGAGAGUAGAGAUCUAAAAUUUUGAUUUUUAAAAAAAUGGGUUUUUUUCAGAUUUCAAUAAAAAAAUAAACCGAACGCUCCGAAAAAAAUAAAAAAAUGGUUCCAGGUUAUUGAAAAUUUCUGGAUAAAAAAAGCUUCAGACGUUGUUUAAAAAUGACUUUUAAAAAGUUUUUUUCUAUUCUAUUUUUUUCCUAAAUCAUCAUCCAUUUUUCUGAGAAUUAUUUCAAAACAGGAGUACCAUCCGCUACAUUCAAUUCUAACUGGAACCCAGAAUUUGGUCACGAUUGGAAGGUUUCCUCGAAAGCUUUUAUCCAAUUUGAUUGAUUUUUUUAGUUAUUUACACGAUUUUUUUACUAUGGUGGAAACGUCGUCAAAUGGCUGGAAGAUGUGGAUGGAGGCGCCCCCGUCAAAACCAAGGUUUUUUUCCAGGAUAUUUUUGAAAUCUAGGCUGAUUCCAACAAAAAAAAAUAUUUCGCAUUUCUUUUCGACUUGUUUGGAACAAAUUCCUACAUUUCAGGCCAUUGAGAGCUACGCCAACAUCAUCAAAUUCAUGAUUACAAAAUACCGACACAACUUGCCCAAAAUUACCCAAAUUUGUGAGUUUUGAGCGUAUCAAAGUGAGACGCUUUUGAGAGUUUUUGUUAUCGGAAAAAUUUUUCUAGCCUGAAUGAGGGCUGUAAAACGUGUCUUUAUGAGCCAGUAAAGCCCCCUGAACAAUUGAACAAGAUAAAUUUCCAGGGCACAAGGAAGAUUUGAAUGAAACAGCAGACCGACGGAGAAGCUCCAACGCUUUGGUGGUUUGAAUUUACUCAACCUGAAAAUAGCUUUUUAAGUACGGUUAAAAUUCGGAGAAGUUAAUGAAAAUUAAUAUUUUAUGUGUUAAAUAAGUAAUCUUCAUUUUUGUUUUUCAUUAUUUUUUCUCUUACCUUAUUCCAUAGAGUUUUUUUUCUCAAACUUUCAGGUGACGGUUACAGAAAAAGCAGCAAAAAAAUUAAGUUAAGGAAAAAAUAUACGGGUUGGACACUCUCGACACUGACAGAGAAUCAUAAUUCUUCAUUCGGAAAUUCUCAAAAUUUAUUUCCAGGUUCGACAUGCAAACCAAUUGGCUUGCAAGUAUUAUCGGACCGUUUUGGGACUCGAAAAAGAGUCGAUUGAGGAAAAAAGACCGUGUGCUCAGCACGAGAAACAGGCUCGAGCAUUGUUGAAGGUGAGAAAUUACUGAAAAAGAAUUUCAAGAGGAUUGGAAAGGUCGCUCAAAGUGUGCUUUCUGUGACGACGAUCCCGAAGGCGUGGUCGGCAAUCUUCAGAGCCGUCGUCAAAAUGCUGGAGACGGCCGAAUUCGGUUCGAUUCAUGUUUAUUAUAUCAGUUUCAGGUUCAUGUAAAAGCUUAUAUAAUGCAAAUGUAAAGAAAAGGAAGGCUUGCAAGAAAUGAAAUUCGAAAAUUCCAGCUCUACGCUUUUUUCAUUCAUACAUUUUCUGAAUUCUCGAAGUUUUUUUUAUAGCAAACUAGGCCUUUGACUGACCUCGGCGCAAGUUCACUGGAACACAAUUUGAAGAUCUUGUUCCCAGGAAAUAAUCAAAUGCUCCGAGACAUGCUCAAAUUUCUGUCGACGGUCGCUUUCCACUCCAGCGACUCGGAAAUCAACGUGUUGAAGACGAUCGCAACUAUCGUCGAGGAUUUGCUUCAGAGCCUUUCAGAUGAUGUGAACUUCCCUCGUCUUCUGCAUCAACUCCGAAGGUUUUCAGGAAGACGAUGUGCAGAAGUAUGCUUUCGUAAAGGCAACAACGCAAAACGUCGUCUGCGAGUUUUUGACGACGUUCAUCGAAAAAUUGAUGACGACGAUUCGAGAUCUCAUCACUUUUGCCGCAGAGUUCAGCAGCAAAGACGAAAAAUGUAAGUAAAAAAUUUCUUUUUUUCGAGAGAGAUCUCCAUGUAAAUUCUGUUUCUUUUUUUUUUGCCAUUUUCGGUUACACUCUUUUUUGCUGUUUUUUCAAUUUCUUAUUUCUUUCAAAAUAAUCUCAGAAGAGAGAAUUAUGAAAAAUUUGCUGUCUAUGUCUUUCAGAGGCCAUUGGAUGAAUAUUCUUUUAGACGAUUUAUAAACUUUAUUCACGGUAUCGUCUACUUUUAUUCCAGUGGAUAAUCUCCUUGUUUCCGUUUUCGCCAAGUGCGACGAAUGCAUGGAUUUCGUGUCACGGCUCCUCCAAAUUCAUACUCAGUUCCACGUGCAAAAGGAGCGAGUGACCAGCCUGACGACGGCUCUCUACUGCACACUCGAGGCGCCUGUCAAACUGGUACGCAAUGGGCCCCUCUCACUCCCGUGUCAUUCUGGCCGAGCGGUCUAAGGCGCUGCGUUCAGGUCGCAGUCCUCUUCGGAGGGCGCAGGUUCGAAUCCUGCGGAUGACAGUCCUUUUUGCCGUUAAAUGAGAAAAUACACAAAGGGAAGGUGUUCAUUUUUUUUUCCAAGAAACAUUGUCGACAUGAGAAACUGGGAUUUUCGUUUUAGGGAUAGAAGUUUUUUUAAAUCAUGAUCAUCAUCAUAAUACCUUUUUUUGAAAAACUUAAAUUUGAUAUUUAAAAAAACUCACUAUAAGUUUAGCUUCUGCAAUUCAACAAAGUCAUUUCGGGGAUCGGCGAAUGGAAAUGUAUUGAAUCGCUGGCAAAUUUGAUCGAUAAAAAGGUUAAUCUAAUUUUUCCAAAUAUUAUCAUUAUUUCAUAGUUGGCUCCUAUGAUGGCGAUUUGCGACGAAAAUAUUGGAUAUAUUCGCAGCGAGGAAUCUUCUCGGGCCAAUAAAAAAACAAAGUCUAAAAAUUGCAAAAUGAAUUAUCCUUUUCAAAAUCCUUUAGGGAGCAAAAGUCGAAAAAAGACGAGGUGAUGUACGUCAAGUACGCCUGGCAAAGAGAGCAACUCCAGAGUCAGAUUUUGCUUCUGUCGAAUGCUCUGCGCGACGAAAGACUCGACUUGCAAGUCAAGGUUCCUCUCGGCACCAAACCAUAUACUUUGUAGGAAUUUUGUUUCAGGAUAACACGAUUGGUCAUCGGGAUUUCCGUAUCAACAUGCGAGUUCUUCGGGAAAAGAUGUCUCGGGAGAACGUCGACGCUUCAGAGCCACAGUCAUUUUCAAUUUUUUUUUUUUCCGAAAUAUGAAAGCCACUCAUCAAACUACAGCUCUAGGAUAAAGAGUAUUCAAAGGCCGCAUAGUUUUAAGUGCCCACCUUGUGGAUGAGUUUCUGAAAUUCAAGAGUUAGCUUCCAGUUUUCGGUGUAGGUCAAACAAACAGAGUAGGUUUAAAAAAAGUGAGAAAAAUUAUUAUUAAUUAAGCCAUAUUUUUUUGAAUUCAAACAAGUAUUUUUCUUUAAAGGUGUCCGUUUCCCAUUAUUAUUCGAACGUGGAAAGGUGAAAAAAAAGUCGAAGAAACCGUUUUUUUCCUUUUUUUCGAAAAAGUUUUCGUGUUCUUUUUAAAGACUAUUCUUUAUUAUUUUGACUCAAAGUUGCUCAUUUCUCCAAAUUUUUCUUCUUUCGUGUUUUUUUAAGUUUGAUAAUUUGUGUUAAAAAAAUAAAUCCAAAUUUUUUUCUAAAAAUAUUUUCAUGCGAAUUAGGAGCUCUUAUUUGAAUUGAUAUGUUGAAUAGGUUAUUUCCACGUUUCCCUUAACAUUUGCAGAAAGAAUAGUUAAAAGAAAUCCAGUUUCAGGAUACAUAAAGAGGUGGAACGCCUCGAUUGUACACUUUUUUCACUCCAAAUGCCAGAAUACAAUUUUUAGGCUUUUUAAUCAGUCAAGGUGUUCCUUGCACGGGCAGCUAGGUUUAUGCAUUUCUGAACUUAACUUGAUAGGGUAACUGGAAGAAAUUGAUAAAUUUCUUGCGGAUCUUCAAAAGAAAACGAUUUUUACAGGAAAAAGAGGCGUAAGGUUCAACCCACGAAGAGGAAAACGAGUAAAAAAACGCUUGAGCCAGUCGCGAACGAUAAUGAAAAUUCGAAUGAUUCCAUUGAACCGAAGGUCGAACCAGAAGAAGAAGACGAAGAAAACAGCCGACAAAGCGCAGUUUUGUGA